UGCGGUACCUGCUCCUAUAUUUCCAUUUAUUCUAUUUUUUACUAUAUGUAAACAACGUAAUAAUUUACCAUAUAGUGUAGAAAUCUUCCUAGGAUAAAAUCUGAUCAUUAACCAAUUAUAAAUUUAUUCAGUUUUGCUUACUACUCAUUGUCAGCCCUGACAGAAUGCUGGUUCAGUGGCGUGGUCAGUCGUAGGCGUGGGCAGUUAGAGUAAUUAGACGUUCAAGUUAACGUGUAUUUUGUAGUUUGUAUAAAGUGAUCUCCUAUUCUUGGUAGAAUGGCUUAUGGAAUUAGUUUUCGUACUUUAUUGCCAGUAUUAUUCGUUCUCUGUUGUAUUCAACAAGGAUUGUCUAUCAAGUGUUGGGUCUGUAGAUCUGACUCAGAUCCAAAAUGUGCAGAUCCCUUUGAUAAUACCACUGUACCCAUCACUGAUUGUAAACAAGAACCAGAUUUGGAGCACUUACCUGGUGUAAGACCUACUAUGUGUCGUAAAAUCCGGCAGAAAGUCAAUGGUGUAUGGAGAUAUUUUCGUAGUUGUGCUUACAUGGGAGAACCUGGGAUUGCAGGUGACGAGAGAUUUUGUCUGAUGAGAACAGGAACGUACAACAUAUUUAUGGAAUAUUGCACAUGCAAUAGUAAAGAUGGCUGCAACGCAGCAUCUUAUAAUCAUGGAAGUAUAUUUGCCUCUGUAUUAGCUUUAGUAAUUUCAUUGAGAUACGUACUUUGUUCUACUUAACAAACUUAACCAAAGAUAGAUUGGAUUAUGCAGAUUGAUAGAUCUGAG